AUGCCCGAGGACCCUGCUCCAUCACGUCCCAGAUUCCGCCUUUCCAUCCCCCAAACUCCUGAAAAUUCUUACAACCUCCCUCCCCUUCCACCUCCCACCACCACCACCACUCCCGCCAUCUCCUACUACGACCUCCACAAGAUUCAGGUUCUUGAACGCAGAAAUGGCGCCACCAUCCACAAAGUCCAACAAAUCUCCACCUCUCAGCUCUACGCGCUCAAGACCUUCCACGCCGCCAACAAUCCCGCUGUUCGCCAACAGCUUUUGCGGGAGAUCGAAAUUCUCCAACUCACCAACUCGCCGCACGUUAUUCGCUGCUACGUAAUCUUCGAGAUGCCUUCCGGUGACGACGAGCUACUUUAUGAGUACAUGGACGCCGGCUCUCUCGAAACCCUUUUACGUAGAAAUGGUUCUUUCUCCGAAAACCUACUGGUUCACAUCGCUAGACAAGUUCUUGAAGGUUUGAACUACUUGCAUGGCGUCAAGAUCGUACACAGAGACAUCAAGGCCGCCAACCUGCUGGUGAAUUCAAAUAUGGAGAUCAAGAUUUCGGAUUUCGGCUUAGGCAAGAUCAUCCGCCCCACCGUUUACUCCUUCAACUCUUCUGACGGCACCGUUUACAUGAGUCCUCAGCCUCAAACCUAUGCUCAAGACGACAAUCUUUACGCGGAAGAUAUCUGGAGCCUUGGGGUGACUUUAUUGGAGCUUUACGGGGGUGGGUUUCUGUUCUUGGAACCGGGUGAGAAACCCGACUGGGCGGUAUUGACGGUUAAGAUGGACGGCGUCGCAGCUGCUGGCUCACCCGUUUUUGGCUCUGUAAACAUUAAACGGCGUGGCAGCAAGCUUCUAGCUGAGAUUUUUUCUCUUCCUCUCCAAGAAAAUCACAGAAGCAGAGAAGAAUACCCUAAUCAUGGUGGCCGUCGUCUCUGCUCCACCACGUCCCAAACUCCGCCUCAAAUUCAUCAAACUCUACUCAACCUCCCUCUGCUUCCACCUCUAGCCACAUCCGCCUCCAUCGUCUCCUACUCCGACCUCCACAAGAUUGUUGGAGCUGAAGCAGCUCUAAUACUGUUGUAG